UUAUCCCGUACGAUAAGUAUUAUUGUCAAUGUCAGUGGCUAAAGAUGGCAUCUGAAACUAAGAAAAAAUUCUUUAAAGAAGUUCGACCCAUUCUGUCCUUGGACCAUCACGAAGCCAGAAGGCGAGUUCUCAACUUGUACAAAGCUUGGUUUAGGCAAAUUCCUUUCAUGGCAGGGUUUCAUUUUUCAGUAAAAUAUUAUGAUGUAGAAUUUAGUGAAACUCGCUGCAAACAAAAGCUCAGGGAGGAAUUCACAAAACACCCUCAGAUUAAUGAUAUCAGAAUUAUUGAUAUGCUUGUAAUCAAGGGUCAAAUGGCUCUAAAUGAAGUAGCAGAAAAGUGGAUUUCAAGACGAGGUGUUGCCCAGUAUUUUAAUAAACCAAGCGACCCAACACGUGAUUGUUUCUUAGCAAAAUUUCUCAAAGGCAAUGAUUAAAUGCAUUUUUAUGAAUA